AUGUCCAACGUAGCCCGUCGUUCUCAACCUGCCUACGCCUCCGGUGUGUUUGAAGUCACUGAAGAGAUUGCAAGUACCCUUGUAGCACAGUCAGGAUUGCGCACUGUUCACUCCGGAAUCAAUUGUUCUGGUAUCAACGGCCAAACUGCUUUUGAGCACCCUAUCUUGUUGUCCGCUUACUCCGGCCUCGGUAUCAAUUUGAAUGUUUCUGAGAUGUAUGCCUUAAAGUGUAAGAUCAUCGCACCAAACAAUGCUACACCACCGCAUUUCAUUCACGAAAUGAGUCACAAUAUCCACAUCGGCAACUCUGAGACGUUUCCAGGUAACCUGGUCGACAACACUUCGAUUCAUUCCAUAGGUGUCAUUACUGACAGGCGCACGGUAGUAGAGGAGCAACACGGGGGCACACCCACGACUGUAGUGAUUGUGCGACACACCGAUUGGGACCCUACGUCAUCCGGCAAUGUCGAGUUCAAUAUCGAGUACUGGUGCCGCCCAGUUAGGAACCUGAUCAAGUGUCAGAAUCUGUUUCAGUUGGGCAGGGAGUUGACUAUCACUGGCUUCAUCACUGACCGGGAUAUGACACGCCACAUGUUGCAAGUCGACGUUUAUUCUGUUUCGGUUGCGACAGGACACGAAAACAUUAAUGCACCGACUACUGGUGGCGCCACUGGUCAAUCCCGCACAACCCGAGCUGGUCGAGUUAGACUCCCAAGACCAAGUGGGUCUAAUACUCCCAUGUCUUCCCCUGCACGGACCGGCUCAGGAGGAACAGCCUCGGGCUCCGUCCAAUCUUCACCUGAUCCGCCUGUUGUAGCUCAACUUGAUGCUGCAUGUCUUACUGGAAUCCUUGAGGAAUUGGAACCCACCGCUGAGGUAGCAGAUGAAAAUGUCAAUCCACGCGCACGAUCCUCGGCCAACUCCCUCGGCAAGCGACCCAGAGGUCAAUGA